CGAUCUGUCCACGCAUAGAUUCUGCUUGAUAGUGAUACAUUGCGACACUCUCCCUGCUGUCGACACCAGUUGAGACACCGACAACAUGUCGACACCAAUUCCCUCACCUCCCGGAAUCCCCAUUCUGGGCAACGUCUUGGACAUUGACCCAAACAAUGCGAAUCAGAGUCUCCGUCAUCUGGCCGACAAAUAUGGGCCUAUCUUCAAGUUGACCAUGUUCGGCUCGGAAAGGUACAUCAUCAGCUCGGUCGAACUGCUCAAUGAGAUCUGCGACGAAAAGCGGUUCUGCAAGGCCGUGUCUGGUGCACUGGACCAGGUGCGGAACGGAGUAGGAAGUGGUCUUUUCACCGCAUACCAUGGGGAGCAUGACUGGGAGGUCGCUCAUCGAACUCUCGUGCCAGCGUUUGGUCCCAUUGGGAUUCACGAUAUGUAUGACGAGAUGUACGACAUUGCGACCCAGUUGGUUGCAAAGUGGGCGCGUGCUGGACCCGAGCAGAAGAUCGCAGUCACCGACGAUUUCACUCGACUGACCUUGGAUUCCAUCGCGCUGUGUGUCAUGGGCAAGCGCUUCAAUUCCUUCUACUCGGAGAAACUCCACCCCUUCGUCGAUGCCAUGGUGGGUUUCUUGCUGGAGUCGGGGCGCCGGGCUCAACGCACGAGAAUUGGAACCUUUCUCAGCAGGUCGAGCGAACGUCAGUACUAUCAGGACAUUAACACAAUGAGAACCGUGGCUAAGGAAAUGGUGGACUACCGCAGAGCCAACCCGGUUGAUAAGAAGGACUUGCUCAAUGCCAUGCUUUUCGGGAAGGACCCUAAGACGGGAGAGAAGAUGACGGACGAGAGCAUCAUCAACAACAUCAUUACCUUCCUCAUCGCGGGCCACGAAACAACUUCGGGGCUGCUUUCAUUUACCUUCUACCAGCUUUGCAAGAACCCUGAUACACUGCGCAAAGCUCAGCAGGAGGUGGACUCGGUGGUUGGUAAGGGGCCGGUGACGGUCCAGCACGUGGCUAAGAUGCCCUAUAUCGAGGCAGUCAUGAGAGAGACCCUCCGACUUACCCCCACUGCCCCUGCGUUUACUGUCAAACCAUUGGACACCGUUGCCGGGCCCGUGGUCCUUGCUGGAAAAUACACCAUUCCUCCCGGCGCCCCCAUCGUCGCUAUGCUAGCGAAAAUCGGCCGUGAUCCUGUUGUCUAUGGCGCCGAUGCCGACGAGUUCAAGCCAGAGAGAAUGUAUGGAGAGAAUUUCGCGAAACUGCCACCCAAUGCUUGGAAGCCGUUCGGAAACGGCGCUCGUGGAUGCAUUGGGCGCCCCUUUGCCUGGCAAGAAGCGAUUCUGGCCAUUGCGCUUAUCCUUCAAAACUUCAACGUCAGAUUGGACGACCCAUCGUAUCAACUGCAGAUUAGACAGACUUUGACUAUCAAGCCAGACAACUUGUUCCUGCGAGCUACUUUGCGUGAAGGGAUCGAUCCCUUGAAGUUGGAGAGGAAGAUGUACGCAGGGCUUGAAACCGAGGACGCUCAUCAGAAGGAACGCAGUGCUCUGGCCAAGAAAGUUGGUGACGCGGGAAAGCCGAUGCUGAUACUGUACGGAUCCAACUCAGGCACUUGUGAAGGUUUGGCGCAGGGUCUUGCCAACGGCGCAGGGAACCGGGGCUUCAAUGCUACCGUGAAGUCUCUGGAUGCCGCUGUCGACCAGCUCCCAAGUAACCAGCCCGUCAUCAUCAUCACAGCGAGUUACGAGGGCAAUCCUCCCGACAACGCCGUCGGGUUCGUGGAGUGGGUCAAGACGGUGGAUGCUGGAAAGGUUAAGAAUGUGCAAUAUGCCGUCUUUGGUUGUGGUCAUCGCGACUGGGUCACCACGUUCCAGAAAAUCCCUAAGCUUAUCGACUCCGAGUUGGCCGCCAAAGGGGCGAAACAGCUUGUGGGCCGCGGACAAUCCGAUGUCGCCGAAGGAAAGGUGUUUGACGACUUUGACGCCUGGCAGGACGAGAAGCUCUGGCCCGCUCUAUCUGCCGAUGCUGGAGCUGACGAGUUCCUGGAAGCUCUAGACAUGGAGAUCAGCACCAGCGCCCGUGCUUCACAUCUUCGGCAUAAUGUGCAGGAGGCGAUGGUUCUGGAGAACGAGCUAUUGACUGAUCCCUCUAUUCAAGAGAAGCGACACACCGAGUUCAAAUUACCAACCAACAUGACCUACGAAGCUGGAGAUUAUCUUGCUUUGCUACCAGUCAACAAUGUCCAGACCAUCUCGAGGGUCCUUCGCCGAUUCGGAUUGCCUUGGGAUGCGUUCAUGACGCUGGCCAAAGGCGCACAUACCACCAUUCCAACAGAGACAGCCAUUGCAGUCACAGCGGUGCUGGGCGCCUAUGUGGAACUGAGCAACCCAGCCAGCCGCAAACACAUUGCAACUCUCGGCAAGUACACCAAAGACGAAUCAGUUCGUAAGGAAGUUGCAGGCAUUACCGAGCCUUUGUCUGUUCUGGAGAUUCUGGAGAAAUACCCCGGCAUCGAGCUUCCCUUUGCCGUCUACCUCUCCAUGCUCACUCCCAUGCGCAUCCGCCAGUAUUCUAUCUCGUCCUCGCCGCUCCAGGACCCAACCAAGGUCAGCAUCACGUACUCUGUGGUCGGCGCGGGCACGAGCCACAUUGGCGUCGCGACAAACUACCUCAGAUUCCUGCAGCCGGGCUCCCGAGCGCAGCUGAUGAUCAAGAAGUCGCAUGCGAGCUUCCACCUACCGCUGGACACCAAGACGCCCAUCAUCAUGGUCUGCGCGGGCACAGGCCUAGCACCGUUCUUGGGAUUUGUCCAGGAGCGAGCCGUCCGCGUCGCCGCCGUCGGCGGAAACCGCGACGCAUUCGGCGAGGCCCUCUUGUUCAUCGGCUGCCGCUACCAUGACAAGGACCGCCUGCACGCCAAGCAGAUCGACGAGUGGGCCGAGCAGGGCGCCGUCAAGGUGUUUUAUGCUUUCAGCCGCGAGCCCGAGCACUCGGAGGGAUGCAAAUACGCGCAGGACCGACUCUGGCGCGAGCGGGAGACGCUCAGCAAGCUGUUCGGCGAGGGGGCCAGGGCGUACAUCUGCGGCAGCGCCGCGUUGGGCAAGGGCAUCGCGGACGUCGCGGCAAAGAUCGCCGUGGAGAUCGCCGAGAAGAAAGGAAAGGCCAUGUCCCACGAAAAGGGCCUCAAAUGGUGGGAAGAUCUGCGGGGUGAGCGCUAUGCUGUCGAUGUCUUUGACUAAGGCGGUGGUGGACAGGUGGGUGUACGUGCGAGGAGCAAAAGUUGUCAGAGGCAAGGCUUCGGAGGAUUUGGGAGAGGAGCUAGCUGAUGGAGUCUCUUUUGGUAUGGAGAAUGAUUUUGUUACAGGUUUUCCUUUCUAAAAAACAAAAAAAG